AUGGGUCUCACCUCACACUUGUGUCUCCUCGUAGCUCUGCAGCACUUCAGUGAGAGCAUCCAGGAGUACUUGGCCAACCUGGACAAGGCCCCAGACCCCACAGUCAGGAAGGACACCUUCUCCAGUGAGAUCUUCAGUGCAUAUGAGGUGCUCUUCAACAGCUGGCUGCAGCACCGGGAGGCCAAGCUGCGUUUGGCCGUGGUGGAGGCUCUGGGCCCCAUGAGUUACCUGCUGCCUGCUGAGAAGCUGGAGGAGCAGCUCCCCAGGCUGAUCCCAGGCAUCCUCAGCCUCUACAAGAAGCACACGGAGGCUUUCUGCAUCUCCAAGAGCCUCUGCCAGAUCCUGGAAGCUUCGGUGAACAUCGGGAGCCGCAGCCUGGACGUGCAGCUGGAGCCCCUGCUCAGCACCCUGCACCCCCAGAUCUCUGCUCCCUCAGACCCCUCUCUCCCCCUGACUGUCAAGAACCACACCGAGGUUCUCCGGUGCUUCACUGUCCUGGCCUGCUCCUUCCCUGACCGUGUGCUGGCUUUCCUCCUCCCCAAGCUGGAAGAGCAGCAACGAGAGGACCCGGUGGGGACCCUGCUCAUCAUCAGGCAGAUCAUCAACAGUGCCCCUUCUCAGAUGGAGAUGAAGAAACUUCAAAUCCUUUCUUCCAUGAGGCCUCCUCUGCAAGACAGCAACAACAAGGUGAAGAGGACCCUGGUGCAGGUGAUCAGUGCCAUGGCCCAUCACGGGUACCUGGAGCAGCCCGGGGGAGAGGCCAUGGUGGAGUUCCUGGUCCGGCAGUGUGCCCUCCCCUCUGAGCUGCACCCCAAAAAGCAGUCCCCUGAUGGAGAUGACCUCACCAGUGACAGUGUCCGCAGCAUCAGUGUCAACACCCUCUUCCUGCUCAGCACAACUGUGCACAGGAUGACCAACGUCCUGUGGCCAUACCUCCUGGAGUUUGUCACCCCCAUGCACUUCACCAAUGCCCUGACCCCUCUCUGCAAGAGCCUCAUGUACUUGGCCAUGAAGAAGCAGGAGGAAGGGGAGGCCUCAUCCCUGCUGCGUUACGACCUCAAUGCAACUCUGCCCUCACCCUACGCCCUGACGAGCAGACUGCUGGUUGUCUCUUCCCAGCCCUCUGGGGAGGGCCGGGGAGCGGCCGCUCUGCGCCUCCUCCACGUCCUGCGGGGCAGCAUCCACCCUGCUCUGGCAUCUUCUGGAGCAAGAAGGUUUCCUCUCCUGGUGGAGCACCUGGAAGAGAACACGGAGAAGUCCCUGAUCCAGAAGGAGUGGGAAAAGCUGCUGCUGUUCCUCCAGGAGACACUGGUGGCCGUGGCUGACAACACCUGGAUUUGCCAGUUCAUCCCAGAGAUGUGUGGACACCUCAACAGCUACAAUGGGAUCCCACUGGAGAAGAAUUUCCUCUAUAAAUGCAUUGGGACGACCCUUGGAGCCUGCACCAGCAAAGACCUCGUUCAGAAGCAGCUCCAGGAGCUCCUGGAAACAGCCAGAUACCACGAGGAGGCAGAGAGGGAGGGCCUUGCUUCUUGCUUUGGGAUCUGUGCCAUUCAUCACCUGGAGGAAACCUUGGCCAAGCUGGAAGAGUUUGUUAAGUCUGAUGUCUUCAAGAGAUCCAUGGGACUGUUCAGUAUCUUCAAGGACCGGAGUGACAACGAGGUGGAGAAAAUCAAGAGCAGCCUCAUCCUCUGCUAUGGCUACGUGGCUGCCUAUGCCCCCAAGGAGCUGGUGCUCUCCAGGAUUGAAGCAGACAUCCUGAAGAACAUCUUCCAGUACUUUAACACCAAGGUUCUGGGAAUAAAGGUAGAAACCAAGGACCUGACCCUGAAGCUGUGCCUCAUCCGGAGCAUCUGCAUGAUCAGCCAGGCCAUCCACAGCGGGGACAGGGCUGGGGACUUCACCUUCUCCCGCAAAGCUGAGCUGGUGGCACAGAUGGUGGAGUUCAUCAAAGCGGAGCCCCUGGAGGCCAUGCGGACGCCGGUUCGGCAGCGGGCGAUGGUCACCUGCACCUACCUGGUUGUCCUGGAGCCCCAGCUCAGUGACCCCGACAGGACAGAGCUGAUUGACACCUGCCUGGCUGGGGUGCUCUCCCUGCCACCCCCUGACCAGGGCAAGGAGAAGGAUGAGAAUGGUGGAGAUGUCCUACACAGAGAGAUGCUGUAUGGGGACACCCUCAGUGCCCUGAAGGACCUGCUGAAGAGUCUGCUGCAGAGGAGCCUGACCCCCCAUGGCCUCCAGGACAUGUUUGCUCAUUUGGGUCCCUGGAUCAAGUCCCAGAAGGAGCAGGAGAGGCAGAGGGCAGUGGAGGUCAGUGCUGCCUUGCUGGAGUUCUACCUGACCAAGCUGAAUGUCAGUACCCUCAUCCCCUUCUACAACCUUGGUGUCCUGGUCGCCCUCUUCUCCCCGCGCUGCUCCGACUCCUUGGCCGCCGUCCGCAGGGACGCUGUGGAUUGUGUCUACUCCCUGCUCUACAUCCAGCUCUGCUAUGAAGGUUUUGCUCGGGACCACCGGGAUGAGAUGGUGGAGGGGCUGAAAGCUCUGAAGAAAGGUCUGGAGGACCCUGACUUCACUGUUCUCUUCCACACCUGCAACAACAUCGCCACGGUGAUUGGGAAACGUGUCCCUCCUGACCAGCUGAUGAGCCUUCUGCUGGCCAUGUUUGAGGCCCUGGCAGACCCUGACAAGAACUGUUCCCGAGCAGCCACCGUCAUCAUCAACUCCCUGCUCAAGGAGCGAGGGGGAGUCCUGCAGGAGAAGGUCCCUGACAUCCUGAGCAUCAUCCACAGCAAGCUGGAGGAGGUGGAUGAGGAGCACGUCCGCAAGGCUGCCCAGCAGACUGUCUACAUCUUGGCCUCCCAGCACAAGAGUGUGGUGGUCUCCAGCCUCCUGGGCAGCACCCUGCCCUUUGACAGCCACACGUGCACCAUGUGGAGGUCCCUGGCUGGAGAGCCCACCCUGACCUCCCAGAUCCUGGAGCAGCUCCUGGAGAAGGUGAACAGGGAUGUGCCCUACAAGGAGAGCAAAGGAUUCCUGCUGGGCAGCGGCUCCGAGCGCGUCGCAACCCUCCUGCCCCUGGCUGCCACAUGUGCUCUGUAUGAGAUCAUGUCUGCUCCGGAGGCUGGGGCAGCAGUUCUGGGACUCUACUCCCCUUUGUUUGUGACUCUCCUGCUACGCCUCAGCUGCACCGUGGGUGUCCAGCUACCGAAAAGCCUCCAGAGCAAGGAGAAGAGGAGCCAGAGCCAGAGCUCAGCUGCUCCCCGCAGCCUCCAGCCCUGCAGCUCAGCCGUGGACACCCUGAAGGUGAUGCUGACCCGGGGGGGCAGUGAGGAGGUCACCAGGGCCGUGGGCAGUGCCGGUGGUUGGGAGAUGAUGGUGAAUCCCGAGAGGCACCACGAGGGCAUCGCCGUGCUCGCCGGUGCCAUGGCGCGGCACGCGGGGCCCCGGCUGCCCCUGGUCGUGAAGAAUCUGAUCCCAACCCUCAACAGCGUCUUCGACAGCCAAAGGGUCACCACCACGGCCUUCUUCUCUGAGCUGCUCAGCAGUAACGUGGUGAAUGACCUGAUCCUGCUGGAGACCAUGCUGGACAACCUGACAGGGAGGCAGAAGGAUUCCUCCAUGCUGGUGAGGAUGUUGGCUCUCCGGGGAUUGGGGAACAUCGCCACCGGCUCCCCGGAGAAGGUGAGGAAGCACGGGGCUCAGCUCCUCGCCUCCAUGGUCAAUGGCAUGGAUGACAAAGAUGACCCCAACAACCUGGUUGCCCUCGAGGCCAUGUCCAGCCUCUCCAAGCUCCUGGAUCACGUGGAGGAGAGGGACAUCCAGGCCAUGCUCCUCCACAUUGCCAUCAGGAUCCGACCCUUCUUCGACAGCGAGCAGCCCCAGCUCCGGCAGGCGUCCAUCGUCCUCUUUGGGAACCUCACCAGGUUCAGCGAGGCCAACUGCGAGGUCUUCUUCGAGCAGAUCCUCAACGGGCUGGUGACACUGCUGCUCCACCUCCAGGACCCAAAGCCAGAGGUCGUCAAGGCCUGCAAGUUUGCUCUGCGGAUGUGUGGCCCCAGCAUGGGCUGUGAGGGGCUCUGUGAGAUGUUCCUCAACCACCUGAGGGAGGACAGGAGCCUCCACUAUGGGGAGUUCAUGAACAACGUCUGCAAACACCUGAUGCAGAGCUACCCGGAGAUGCUCAACCGCCUGAUCUCCACCAACCUCUUCUACUUCAAGAGCAGCUGGGUGGACAUCAGGGCAGCUGCCCCCAUGUUCAUUGGCUUCCUCGUGCUGCACGUGGAUGAGGAGCACUGUCCCCAGGUGGACCUGGACCAGCUCAUCUCGGCCCUGAACCUCCUCCUGAAGGAUCCCGUCCCCGCCGUCCGGGUCAAGGUGGCCGAGACUCUGGGCCGCUUGGUCCGGGUCCUGUGAGCCCUGGGACCUCCUGGCUCCAGCUCAGCAAUAGUUGGGUGAGGGUCCUCACCCCCAGCCCCUCCUGGGGCUCUGCCACGUCUUCCUGCACCCAGCACCCACCUGGGACCUGGUUCUGCCUCCAUGGCAGCCCCAUCCUCUUCCUCCCCAGCCCACCCAACACCUCUCUCCACCUUCCAUGGCCACCUUGGCCACCAGGGUGGCUGGGGACACGGUGGGCACGCGGCCCCUCUUGGUGGGCUGCUGGAGGAGGGGGUUGUUGUCUUCUCCUGGAUGACUUCUCUUGGUUGACUUGUGGGCUGAGGGACCUUGGUGGCCUCAGGUGGAGGGGAUGGGCUGGAGCUGGGGGCUGGCAGUGUCCCUCGGGCUCCCCCCACAGCUCCAGUUCCCCCCAUCCCACUCUGCUGCCCAUGAUGCUGAACACGGGGCCCUGUGUCCCACCUCCCAACCCCCCCAGGACCCUUCUGGGUGGACGUGAGCCUCCCCCCCAUGCACAUGUACAGAAAACUGGUUUUUAAUAAAGCUCUUUGCUCCUCA